GCCAUGGCGAAGCUGCUGGCGCUCACCCUCCUGGGGCUGGUGCUGACACACUACAAGGAUCACCAGUCUUUUUACGAAAGACGACUUAAUGCUUUCCGAGAAGUAGAACCAGUAGAUCUUCCUAACUGUAAUUUAGUUAAAGGAAUAGAAUCAGGCUCUGAAGACUUAGAGAUACUUCCUAAUGGACUGACUUUUAUUAGCUCUGGAUUAAAAUAUCCUGGAAUAAAGAGCUUUGAACCUGAUAAGCCUGGAAAAAUACUUCUGAUGGACCUGAAUGAGGAAGAUCCAACAGUGUUAGAAUUGAGCAUCUCUGGAAGUAAUUUCAAUUUAUCUUCAUUUAACCCUCAUGGGAUCAGCACAUUCACAGAUGAAGAUAAUACCGUGUACCUGCUGGUGGUGAACCAUCCAGAUGUUAAGACCACCGUCGAGCUGUUUAAAUUUCAAGAAGAACAAAAGUCACUUUUGCAUCUGAAAACCAUCAGACACGAACUUCUACCUAAUUUGAACGAUAUUGUUGCUGUGGGACCUGAGCACUUCUAUGCCACAAACGAUCACUAUUUUGUUGACUCCUACUUGAAAUCCUGGGAGUUAUACUUGGGUUUAGCAUGGUCAUACGUGGUUUACUAUAGUCCAGAUGAAGUUAAAGUGGUGGCAAACGGAUUCGAUUUUGCUAAUGGAAUCAACAUUUCACCUGACCGCAAGUAUGUCUACGUAUCUGCAUCGCUGGCUCGUAAGAUUCACGUGUAUGAAAAGCAUGCUAAUUGGACUUUAACUUCAUUGAAGUCCAUGGUCUUCAACACACUCGUGGAUAACAUAUCCGUGGAUCCUGUGACAGGGGACCUUUGGGUUGGAUGCCAUCCCAAUGGAAAGAGAAUCUUCUACUACGACGUGGAGCAUCCUCCUGCAUCAGAGGUGCUCCAAAUCCAGAACAUUUUAACAGAAGAACCCAAAGUCACAGUGGUCUAUGCAGAAAACGGUACAGUGUUGCAAGGAAGUACAGUGGCCUCUGUGUACAAGGGGAAAUUGCUGAUUGGCACUGUGUUCCAGAAAGCUCUUUACUGCAAGCUCUAGCGGGCCGAAAUGCACCCCUGCCAUGCAAACCGUGAGCCCGUCAUUUCAACUGCUUGCCACCUUGAAGGGACCACGGUGAUCUCACUGAACAAUGAACGCUGGCCCUAAAUUAGGACGUUGUUAGGGAUGAAAGUGCUGGUUAACUGAGAACAGAUACGAUGGGAAGGCUUUUUGAGAGCACAAUAUCAAGUCAGUCUUAGGAUUCUUGAAACCUCACUUACCGGUAAAAAUCAUAAUAAAAUGGCUAAAAUUGUCA